AGCAGUCGUCUUUUUGUCAAUUGUCAAAAUAGUUGUGUACGAAAAUAGCGAAACGAGAAUUUCGCAAGGCCUAGCUAACUACCAGGCUGUGAAGAAUUUUAUUAAACUUACACUUGUCCCUUUAAAUAAAUGGUUUAUAAUGGCCACAACAGCAUAUGAGCAUGAUGCAGAUGGGUGCAAAUUUAUCCCAGCGACGCAAAGACCAGAUGGUACUUGGCGCAAACCUCGAAGGAUCAAGGAUGGCUACGUGCCACAAGAAGAAGUGCCUCUGUACGAGAGCAAGGGCAAACAGUUUAAAGCUCGGCAGAAUACUGGUUUACCGGUAGGACUUACUCCCGAGAUAGUUGCUCAAGCACAGAAGAAAAAGAACCCCGGUGUUAUUCAGCCAAUACCGGGCAUGCUCAUCAAUGUUGAUAAAAAGAAGAAGAAAAAGAAGACAGGAACUGAAGAAGUGGCCGACAAACUUUCCAAAAUUGAGAUAACGGAACCUAACUUUACAACACCAUCGCCUUCAGCUCCCAGUAACACCACAACAGACCCUGUCAAACGUCUCAAGAACUUAAGAAAAAAACUCAGAGAAAUAGAAACUCUUGAGGAGAAAAUAAAGUCUGGCAACUUAAAAACCCCUGACAAAGAUCAGAAAGAAAAGUUGUCUAAGAAAAUGGACAUUGUCAAAGAAAUAGAAGUUUUAGAGAAAAAUAGUGAAUAAGUUAUACCAAUGAAUUUUAACUUUAUUGUUGAUGAACUAUGGAAUUAUGUCUAUGGUUUGCAUGAAUGAAUGUGUUCUCUGUGUGGGUGCAAAUUAAUGAAAUUUUCUUUUAUUAUAAAUUAUUUACAAAACUA